GAAGCUCGCGAUGAUUUCAAGAUGGCCAAGUGGGCGGUGCGUUUGGGCGGUGUGAGUCCCAGCAGCUGAUCAACGUGAGAUGCAACCGUUUUCAUGGGACGAGAAAGCGAAACACCGGCACAUCUUCAGCGCUGAAGCUGCGUAGCAUGGGUUGCUGAAUUUGGCGGCUCCUACUCGGAUCGAUUCAGCAUGAAGUUCCAGCCGUACGAGGCUGUCCUGAUACCGCCGGACCUCCGGCACGACGAGUGCAUCGUGCAGGUAGCGGACUGCCUCGACCACCUGGACAGAGUGACCGCCGCCGUCAUGGACGGCAUCCUCGCUCGAGUGGCCGAGUACCGUAGUCGCCUCCAGGACAUCCAGGCGCGGGCCGACUUGGCGAGAGCUAAGAUCUCGAUCAUCCGUGGAAGCAGCAAGGCCACCAAGGUAUUUUCUAGCUACAAGUACCCAUCGAAGGAGCCCGAGGCGUCCAAUGGGGCACCCCGCCCGAGUGCGGUGGAAGUGCCGCUGCUUCGCAGUCAUGCUCGAGUCAAGAGCCAGCACACUGCGCCGGACGACCGCCUGCUCAAGGAGAAGCUCCAGUUCUUCAACGUGCGGCCACCAUCCAAGCCGACCCCGGACGCCCGCGGAGAAGAGGGCGGUCUUGGGAGGUUGCCGGACUGCACCGACUCCGUGGGCAGCCUCCUCCUCUUCAACACGGGAGAAAGUCCGUACACCAAGUAUGUGAUGCGUGACCCGCUGGGUGCCGUUGCGCGAACGUCGGCCGCCACGAAGGGCGCGGGCGACACGCAGGGGAAUCUGAUGGCUGCCCCCGCGUCCAUGAGCGGUGCCAGCCAGAGGGACGUGCCCCACGAGGCGUUCCUGUACACACCCGGCCGGGGACAGGCGCCCCAGAUGAACGUGCCAGCCGCCCUGCCGGACUUGCCCGGCGUUGCAGACGACCUCUCCUACUCUGAGGAGCUGGGGCCAUCCAUUGCCCCGUCAUGGCUUCCGGAGCUGCCCGAAAUACCCGAAGGGAACUCGCUUCCGGCAGAAGCCCCGACGGACUGCCCGCUACCUCCAGAGAGCUCGACCGACUGCUGCCCGCCCCCGCAGACAGCCUCUCCUGAACUUCCCACCGCUUGCGACGCGGCACCUCCCGCCUACGAGACGACCGUGGCGGAUCUGUCAGAGCCAAGUGCGGAUGGCGGGAGAACCGAGGAGGCAGUGAGCGAGCCCUGCCGAGAUGUGGUGCCGGAAGACGGCAGCGCUCGCGCCAGCCUGCUCGAGUCGAUACGAAAGGCCGGCGGCAAGGCAGCCCUCCGCAGCGCCCGCAGGGAGCAGCACAAGAAGCAGGCAGCGGCUCCUGCCGGAGACCUCAUGUCGGACCUGCGGAGCAAGCUGCAGCUCCGCCGCAAGGGCAUCUCGGGUGACCAGGACGGCUCGAGGCGUGCCGCCCCCGUGCCCCAGGUGACCUCGCCCCUUGACCGAGUCCUUGAGAUCAUCCCCGUGCACCAGAGAGACUCCGAGGACAACACUAGCACCACCGACACAGAGUGGAACGACUCUGACUAGACUCUCGGCCCCUCUUGGUUUAGUUUUUCUUUGUUACUUGCUUGACGGACUCAGUUAUGAAUAUUUUCUCGUUUCUCUCGAUCCCCGCACCGAGGUGCAAGUUGAGAGCAGAAGGUCAAAGUAAAGAAGGUAUUUCAGUU